CAUUAUGCAGCUUAUCUUAUUUCUUCUUUUCUUCAAACAAGCUGUCGAUGAUCUUGUUCAGAUAAGUGUCGCCGAACGUCACAAUCUCGAGUAACACAUUGAUAUUGUAACACGUUGGAAACCCGGGAGACAAAUACCACGAUGUUCUUCAAAUUCGAUUAUCAUCUUCGGACUCCUCGUCGAUGAUUCUUAAUUGAUCUAUUUAAUCGGCGGCUAUUUUCCCGGCUGCACUUCGAUCAUAGAAUUUCAAGAAAAUAUCGGCAGACACCUCGUGAAGCCCGUGAACCAUCGCGCGAUGAACGAGCAAACAAAUCUUACGAUGAAGAAAGAGAGACCGAUGCGUGGAUCGCAAGCUCCAGGUGAUCGGAACGCGCGUACCAGCGAAGACGACUGUCGACGACUGUCGCGUGGGCGGACUGGCAAGCCUCGUGCUUUCGAGAGGAUCGACCAACCGUUGUGGAAUCGUAAAAUGGUCCCGUGCAUGGAUUGGCUGAGGAAACGUAGGAAAGGCGGCAACCAAUGUCCUCUAUCUUCAAAAAGAAUCUAACCGCCAGUGAAAUCACUCUGACGAAGCAUGGAUCCUGGUGGCCAAUCGACGAUUUCGCCUUGGAGGUAUCGAGGGUCCGCCAUGUUGCCCCGGAGCUUUCCUAAUUUAGAGUUUAAUUAGCACCCGAGGAACAGGAGAACCGUGCACAGGCAUCGAUUGGACGGUUACCAUCGUGGCAACAGAGAGGAAAAAGACGUCGAACAGAGACGAUGAUAUGUCAGCAGUCAGUGUUCGGCUCGUCUUCGCCGACUAGUGUGAAAUAUCGCGCCCAAGUGUUACGAGCACGGCCACGCGGCCGCGGGACCGAAUAGUCUCGCCGAGAAAUAGAUUUUCCAUCCUUGUUCACAUCCUUCUUCCGACGCUUUGUCUCUUCUUCCGCCCUCGACUUCUAUUCUUCUUCUUCUUUCAUCCUUGACGAUCGUUAAUUCGGAAAAUCGAACUGGAUUAUAUAGUUUCAAGGAAAGAACAGUUUCGCUUGUAUUCUAUUACCACUGAUCUUCCGUUUUCGUCUUUCAUCUUGUGUCUUCGUCAAAUCUGGCAAUAGUGACUUGAUUGAUUUAGAGAAUAGUGUUUGAUAAUAAUAAACGUUUAAGUAUAUAUAUAUAUAUAUAUAUCGGAUCGAAGAAUAACUGAGAUCGUACGUUUUUUCUUUUGAAAACUGAAUUGUGAAGUAGAAAAGGAAAAAGCUCGAGAGAAGUGUUUUUGGUGAACCUCUCCCGAGUCGCAGCUCGGGUCACAGAGGUCGAGGAACGAGCUCUGGGCGUCAAAGAAACGGGAAGAUGCAGCCUGCACCGGCUACACCUGGUUCUCCAACACGGUCAUCCUGUUGUGAACGAGAUCGCGAGAGGGAAGUGCACGAAGAUCGUGGAAGGGAACGGAACAGCGCUGGAAGACAAAGUCGGACGACUGCCGAGGAGGACCACGAAGAGAGAAGCAACGAGAGGACGGUGAUUUCGGGGCAGAACCUUGGUACCAUGACUGUCAGCGGGAAUCAGGGAUUGCCUCUUUCUUUGUCUCUCGAGGACAGAGAUUUGUGGACCAAGUUCCAGUGUUUGACCAAUGAAAUGAUUGUUACGAAAAAUGGAAGACGCAUGUUUCCUGUAGUCAAAGUGGUCGCAAGGGGGUUGGAACCGAAAGCUAUGUACACUCUUCUUCUUGAAUUCGUUCAAGUGGAUCCACACAGAUGGAAAUACGUUAACGGAGAAUGGGUCCCAGGCGGAAAAGCGGAAGUCGCCCCACCAAAUCCGAUUUACAUCCAUCCUGAGAGUCCAAAUUUUGGAUCUCAUUGGAUGAAAGAAGCGGUAUCGUUCGCUAAAGUGAAGCUGACAAACAAAUCCAAUGGAAACGGUCAAAUUAUGCUAAACUCCCUACACAAAUAUGAACCUCGAGUUCAUCUAGUUCGUGUAGACGCGGUAGAGGAAAGAACGGUGUUGACUUACCGUUAUCCUGAGACGCAAUUCAUAGCGGUGACAGCUUACCAGAACGAAGAAGUCACAAAUUUGAAGAUUAAAUACAAUCCUUUCGCGAAAGCGUUCCUCGAUGCUAAAGAAAGACCUGCCGAUCCGCAGACCUAUCCGCAAUACACCGGCGCUUGGUUUUUGCCACAACCUACUAUGGGAUACGAAUAUAACACAGCCACGGCCAUUGCGGCCGCACAAAAUCAAGCGUCAGUGACGGUCAAUAACCAUCUCCCUAAUUCUUGUACCGUUUCUACAGCUGCCCAUAGGAAUACCUGCAGAUCGGCGCCUUACACUCUCAGACAUAAAUACAUUCAAGAUGAACAACGCACAGAUCCAUACGGCUCAGUACAACUGUUGCAUUCCACAGCGUACGUAGCAGCACCAGGCUGGUCACCACGCAGUCCAGAAUCCCUGCAGAACCUAAAUCCAGCUUGUCUACCACCCACGCAGGAAUGGCCCACGUCUCCUUCACCGUCACCAACCUCAUCCUCUCACGCGGUAUUCAGUAGAGGCGUUGUUGGAACUGCGUCUCCAACCACCGCUACAGGAUGUACUCUAUAUGUACCAUCAAACUUAUCUUCUGUCCCUCAAGAGCAUAGUCAUUGCACUGAUACUUCAGCUUGGAUUCAUCCUACAACUUUGUCAGAGCAACAACAGCAGCAACAACAAUCUUACUUGAAUUUGAAUUUACAUUUACAUCACCAGAUGUCAUCUUAUACAUCAGUUCCUCAUACAGGGUUACAUCAUUCUUUACACCCAAAUGGAACAGAUGCUGUUCCUUCUGUCGACGAGUAUGUUCACGAAUAUCAUGCCUCUCCAGUUCAAUCUACGACGCCUGAUCGUCACUCACAGCAUCACCAUUCUCAAAUGUUACACAUGCAACCAAUCCAACAAACUGGAACAGUGUCACCUGUUAGUGUCGAAUAUGAUACUCCUUCUAAAGAACAUCAUAUAUCUGUUAGUUAUUCUGAACAAAACACGGAUACGUUGAAUGAUGUACAGGCAGAUGAAAACAGGAGAUACUUGACAACGGUAAUUGAUAGACAUCACCGGCAAGAUUCGGAUAUUGCGAAUAACGAACAUCAAGCUACAGCUUGGACUCCACUGACACCACCGCCUGCACCACAAACUACAGCAAUUUGAUUUCUGUAUGUGAUACAAAUAAUUUUAUUUAAGAUAUGGAGUUGCUACUUGAUAAUUUCUAUAUUUGUUUUAAUAGUUAGGUGACUAAGUAUGAACAAAUCGUAUUAAAUCACAGUAUCCUGUUGUAUGCAAUACGAAUGAGAUAUAUAUGAUUGAAAUUAUUGAUAGGUAUAUAGAAAUUAGAUACAAAGAGAAAUAUCGAAAUAAAUAUCGCGAACACACAAAUAAAAAUAUCGGAAUAACGAGACUAAUUAAUCUGAUAGAUUGUUAAAUUAGUUACUUACUUACGUACUUUGUAAUUAUCUAAUCAAAUUUAAUGUCAAUUUCUGAAAAAUGAAUCCGUCCUAAAAUCGUGUCUUGAUGUUUUUAGAUAAUAUGUAUUAAAGAUAACAUAAUCGUUAUAAUAAAAUACAGUAAACGUAUAUAUACCAUUUUACAUACCUUCCUCGGUAUUAAAAAAGAGUACUCUAAAGUCGUGAGAUGAUUUUUUCAUGUCGUGAUAUACGAUAAUCUAUUCAUAAACAAAUGCUCAUGUAUAUACAUUUCUUAAAUAGAACGAAAAGAAGGCACUUUUACAUUUUGUUCGUAACAACUCGCUAAAAUUUAUAUACAAAUUUACAAUUGUUAUAUAUACAUACAAUAGUUAAUUAGACUCAUACACGGCGAAGUUUCUACAGAGCAAAAAAGAUUUUAAUAAAUUCAUAAUUUAUAUAAUUACAAAAUAGUACAAUGAAAAAAGGACCAAAAUGUUAUUUCUCACUUCAAAAGAUACCCACAAUCCUACAAAAUUCGUUUCCAUAUACUACCUUGAAUUGACUAGUAUAAUUGACUAGCAUAAUUCACGAUAGUAAUAAUGAUUGUAUUUCUAAUUCUUCUACUUUAUUUAUAUUUAUACGAAAUAAUAUUCUAUAUUUUUAUGAUAUAAAUAAUUAUAAAUUAU